AUGACAAAUUUAAAAUCGAAAGUCUAUCACCAAGAACCCCUGGACCCGUCAGAGGCAAAAUGGAAACGUCUAGUCAAGACUACAUAUCUUGACCCCAAUGGGGUCACGAGGACGUGGGAAUCUGCUGAGCGUGUGACAAGACCCGCCGGUUCGCUAGUCGAUGGCGUCGGAAUCGUCGCUAUUCUGGAAAAGCCAUCUGGCCCGGAACUGCUUCUUCAAAAGCAGUAUCGCCCGCCACUAAACCGCGUUGUCAUCGAAACGCCAGCGGGGAUGAUUGAUGCUGGCGAGACGAUCCAGCAGUGUGCCGAGCGCGAGCUCAAAGAGGAGACGGGGUUUGUCGGCGUUGCGAUCAAAUCGAGCUUUAUUAUGUUCAAUGAUCCCGGGUUCUGCAAUACCAAUUUUAACCUCGUCCAUGUCAAAGUUAAUAUGACCUUGCCCGAGAACCAGGACCCAAAGCCUGAUCUAGAGGAGGAUGAAUUCAUUGACUCAUUUACCCUUCCAUUGGCGAAUUUGUACGAUGGAUUGCGGAAACUCGAGGCUGAGGGGUACGCGAUUGAUUCGCGGAUUGGUGCUAUCGCGGAGGGUAUUGAGAUGGCUAAAAAGUUCAACUUCACUUAA